AUGAGCCGAGAAGAGCCCUCUGAAGCUCAUUGGCUCGAACCCUCACCUGCGGCUGGGACGCCGCCUGUGCUGGAAGGUGAGUCCAGCACCUCAUCGGGAUUAGACCUGGGCGCUCUCUCACGCUCGGGCUCCAUUUCCGGCGGGCCGAGCUCCGCGCGCACUUCUCGCAGAAGCUCCAACUCCCGCUCUCAGCAUUAUGGCCACCAACCGCAUUUGCAUUCCUAUUCUCGCCCGCAGCGGCAUUCCCAGUCGAAUGUUCUUUUGACAACGCUGCAGGACAAGUUCCCGUAUACCCACCACUUGCAGGACUCCAGGCUAUCCUCCGCGCUCUCUAUCGGGACUGGACAUGCGCCGGUGAGUGCCGCCUUCGAAGGUCUUGAGACGAAUACAGACCCUACUAAAGCAGCGGAGCCACUUCCUCACACAUUGGCGACCGCAUCUGCCGCACAUUUUCCCAUUUCCGACUCCCAGCUACAAACUCAGCACUCCCGUGCCGUCAAACCCCCGCACCCUGAAUCGGAAAGUGGACCGACGACGGGAGGUUAUGUGCCUCCCAUUUCCGGGUUCAGUUUCGCGCCUUGGCCCCCUUUUGUUGCUGCUGACGCUGCGUCGCUGGGCCUAGGUGGCAGUGCUGUCAACAUAUCAGAGAUGGGCCGGCGUGAUACCAAUUUCUCUGGCACGGGGUAUCGGGCGCAGCCAACGGCAAAGCCUCCCCGUACAUCCUUGGCCCCAAAUGUUCUCUCAUCAGUUCCUGAAGGGCCUACGUCAAUGCAUUCGAUCCAGCCUCCUUCCUAUCCAUUGCAUCCAUUUGGCUCUUCGACCUCGACCUCCACACUCAAUUCUUCUUUCGCACCACCACCACCCCAAAGCUCUUCGGAUUCCGGUCCCCGUCCGCGUCACCAUUCUACGCCCCAGCCGUCUGCCCGGCGCCACGCACAACCUGAUCACCUCCGUGUGUCGAGAAGACAAUGUCCGCAGUGCUUCAAAGUGUUCUCCAGUAUGACAGCUGUACAAGUCCAUGCAUUGGUACAUUCAGGUGACAAACCCUUCCACUGCCCGCAUGCGGGUUGCAACAAAACUUUUAACGUCAAGAGUAACAUGAUGCGUCACUACAAGCUACACAUCAAAGAACCAGCUAAUGAAGCAAGCGAAUUACCCAAGGAGCAGGACCCACGACGGGAGUCCGCCUGA